AUGCCACCAGUAAUUCCUACACCGAAAACUUGGAAAGAAACCAAUCGUUUACACAAAGAACAGCGAAAGAAAUGGAAGGAAGAGAGGUUAGCAAAAAAGCUUAAGAAAGGAGAAACUAAAAAAGAAUUACAGAACGAAGUAGCUAAACCUGUUGAAAGUCAUUUCGAAAAAAAAGACAUUUCGACUUUGAGUAUCGCAGUUCCUGGUUCAAUUUUAGAUAAUGCUCAGUCACCAGAAUUACGAACAUAUUUGGCAGGACAAAUAGCACGUGCCGCAUGUAUUUAUAAAAUAAACGAAAUCGUCGUUUUUGACGAUAAAGGAGAGAUAACUGAAAGUGAAAAGAAGAAAAUAAGAAAUGACGAAUUCUUAGGUGAAAGACGAGUUGGAUGUUUGCAAUUAGCUAGAAUAUUGCAGUAUCUUGAAUGUCCACAAUAUUUAAGGAAGUAUUUCUUUCCAAUUCAUAAAGAUUUGCAGUAUGCUGGAGUAUUAAAUCCUUUGGAUGCUCCACACCACUUACGUCAGCAAGAUAUAUCUUUGUAUAGAGAAGGAGUAGUUACAAAUAAGCCAGUUAAACCUGGCAAAGGUUCUCAUGUGAAUGUGGGAUUAUUAAAUGAUGUUUCUGUGGAUAAAGUAUUAACGGAUGGAUUAAGGGUUACAGUGAAGAUACCCAAAGACCAACCAAAUCCGAAAAAAAUAAAAGGCUUCAUUGUUCCACCUGAUGUUCCCAGAUCAGAUACUGGAAUAUAUUGGGGAUAUACUGUGAGAUUAGCUAAUAAUCUUACAGAGGUGUUAACUCAAUGUCCUUAUAAGAAUGGAUAUGAUUUGACCAUUGGUACUUCAGAUAAAGGAAAUUCUAUUGAUGAUGUGGAAUCAAAAAGUAUUAAAUACCAUCAUGCUUUAAUAAUAUUUGGAGGAUUGUGUGGAUUGGAAGCAGCAGUAGACAGUGACCCUAAUUUGAAUGUGGAUGAUGCUUCUUUGGUGUUUGAUCAAUAUUUAAAUACUUGUCCUCAACAAGGAUCAAGAACUAUUAGGACAGAAGAAGCUAUUCUAAUCACUUUAGCAGAAUUAAGAACAAAAAUAUUUCCUAAAGUCUCUUUGUUGCCAAAUCCCCAGUUUGACAGUUUUACAAAUAUAUAACUAUCAGUGAAUAUAAGUGACUGUAAUGACACCAAAAUAGAAAAUAAUAAUUUGCCUUCUUAUUUUGGUAAAAAAUUCUAAACAGAAUUUUAUAUUUGCAAAAUUUGUAACAUAUAAGUACAACAUAUCAAUCUUA